UCGAAUCAAUGGGAAACGGGCAAUCAAUAAGGGUGCGACGCACUCCUUUUCGCUAUCACCGAAUUUCUCCUUCCAAUUCACUAAACCAACCUCUGCUCGAUGACGACAGCCAGUCCAUGCUGCCAAACCUUCAACUUGAAGCCCAUCAAAAACAGAAAGCAGCUUUGGAGAAAGAAAAUCGUGAUCUCAGGUCUGCACUCUCCAGGCUAGAAUCCAAGCUCCAAUCAAAGGCCACUGAAGCCCAAGGGAGAAACACCAGCCUUGAGAGAGAGGUUAAUGAACUGAAGAGUCAAGUAUCAAAGCUAAAAUCUGAACGCCAAGUACUUGACAAAGCUCACAAAUUUGCCACUGAAGCCCAAGGGAGAAACACCAGCCUUGAGAGAGAGGUUAAUGAACUGAAGAGUCAAGUAUCAAAGCUAAAAUCUGAACGUCAACUUGACAAAGCUCACAAAUUUAAACAAGAAGAGGCAAUUGAGAAGCUAAAGAGAAGCAAUACUGCUUUGGAGGACAAAGUUAAGAAGCAGUCAGUUACCACUAUCUCUGAGAUGAAGACUGCUUCAUCUGAUUCACAUGCACAAGUGUUGUCGGUUGCAGUGGUACCUCAAAUUGAGACAGCAACUUGGGAGAAAGAUGAUGUUGAGAUAGCAAGUACAGAGAAUGAUAUUGCUGCCUGCCUUGUCGUUCUGAUCUUGUUAGUGUCUAUUCUCAUUGGCAUCAGCCUGUAAUUUCCCUGAUCAGAAAAAACGGUGGGCUUCCUGAUUCGCGUGUCGAUGCAUGGUUUACACUUGCCAUUAAUUUCUAAGGGUUUGCAAGAAAGUGUAUUUUCUUUUCUUUUUUCCUUUUUUUGACGUAGUCUCAAUGUGGAGACAUGUGCUUAAUCAACAAGGUGUGAUGUUUCUGAUCUAUUUUCAAUUGUCUUCCUCCUCAUUUGCUUUGUAAUUUCCUUUGGUUGAU